AAUUACAGUAUUAAAUAUUAUUAUUUAAUUUUUAAAAAAUUAAUAAUAAAAAUGCUAAUUUAUUUUUUAUUAUAUUACAGAUUUUGGUAUGACAGCUGGAAGGCAAGAUUCCAAAAUAGAUUGUCGUCUCAACUUUAAUAGUACUGAAAGAACCAAUGGUACAUUCACAUCUCCGAAUUGGCCCGGUUAUUACCCACGAGAUACCGAAUGUCAUUAUUUAUUUUAUGGCAAUGGAAGCGAACGUGUCUACAUAACUUUUGCUUAUUUUGACGUGGAUGGAAUUCCUCCUUGUGAGAGCGAUAGUGCUAGUGAUUAUGUGGAAUUUUCCAAUUUUCGCACGGUUGACAGAAAAAUUCCGAAACAUUGUGGUUCUAGAAAGCCAAAGGUUAUCGAAUCGGAUGGUGAUUUCUUUCGUGUUACAUUUAAAUCUAACGAUAAGUUCGAUGGUACUGGAUUCGAGGCCUUUUAUCAGUUCAGAAACUAUAAUGAUCCAUUUACUAUCAAACGUGUAGCUACAACGUCGGGAGUAACGCGGUCUUUCUCUUUGAUUCACCAGAUGGCAGCAAUAUUCAUAUCCACCAUUUUUGCUUUGGCAAUAUUUAAAAUAUAAUGGCGUAAGACGAAAUAAACCAUAUCCAAGAAAAGAAAUAAGAAAUUCAGAGAAGUAUAAAUAUUUUCUGAAUAAGUAAAAGAAAAUAUCAACAGAAUUGCCUAAGAAGUUAUGGACUAAAUCACUUUGUUAUAAAGAAAAAACAGUAACAAAAUGGCGAUGCGUACACGAAACUCUAUUCACUUUCUUUACAUUUAACGCUUUAAUUUACUUCUUAAAAAAAUUAAUUUUUGCUACGAAAAUCCACUGCCAAAUAAUUAAUUUUUAAUUAAAAUCAAUUUUUUGCAUUGAUACAUAAUGAAGCAUCGCUAUAAUUUUAAGUCUUUUCUAUGUUUUUAAGCCGAAGAAUACUCACAAAAAAUAUUUAUAAUAUUUUAUAUUCUUAAAAAAUACGAAUUAUUAUUAUAUGAAAUAAUUUGUUCUUUCCGUAAUUUUCGUUUUAAAUUACAAAUUAUCACUGUAAAGAUAAAUGCAUUGUAAUAUAUAGUUAUAUAUAUUAAUA